GAAAUGUGGGAAAGGGUGGACAGGGAGUAUGUGAGACCGUGUCUGCAGAGUGAGCCGGAGGGGGUGGACGAUCGACUCAUGAGUCUCUACUCGGACAUCAUGAUCAAGGAACACCGCGCUCACAUCCAGGCAUGUCGUCGCAAACGACUCUCCUCAACUUUGGCAUCUCGGCGGAACAACUCGGCUCUGGACUUCGGAGAAGCGGCAGGACCGAAGUCGGAUUUCUAUUCGGACGAGGCAAAAAUACCACGACAGUCUGAGAUUCGAAUUGUUAAUCUCAAGGCCGAAAAGGAAGAUAAUGCGCAGGAAUGUUUGCAGCAUCAGGCUGUGGUCAGAUUCCAAUUAGACGAAGAGAAAAAUGCCGAACCAGGAGGAUCCGUUUCCUCCCAAAGAAAUGACUCGAGUCAACUUUCCAUUCCCGUCGGCACACAAGAAAUGGACGUCGACAUUGCAGGAAACAAAAAUACCCCAUCAUCGGAAAGAGAUCCCCAACCUCAAAUGACCCCUUCAGUCGUGACUCCGCCCAACAACAGCCGCGACUUCGGUCCCUCGCCCAGCAACCCCUCCCCGUAUAAUCUGUCGUCUUCUCAAUCGUCGGCCUGCUCGCCCGCCGACUCAAUCACUUCGGCCUAUGAGCUGGUUGCGAUGGUUACCCGAUUGAAGAACAUGCGUCGGAAGGCUUCGAAUGGAUCAAACACGAACUCAUUGGCGUCCAGAAAAUCGAAUAACGAUUCAAGUCCGAGUCACGCAAUGAAAGAAGGCACUGAAGGCGUUGCCGAAGUCGCAGAGAUGCUCCGAGUUGAAAAAAAUAAUCACUCUCGGCGCCAGAUUCAACUGCUCCGCGGGAUGACAAUAAGGGGCGACAACUCAGACGACGAAGAUGAUCAGUUGAAUGAUCUAGUAGCCGAGGUCUACUUGAGACGAAGAAGGGCUGACUCUGUUUACAACUGGAGAAAGCAGAGACCACAGUCGGCUAAGAAUGCAUCGCGCACAAAAUCACGACAGUCCACGACUGACGAAAAGGAUUGCUCGGUUGAAGGUUAUGGCGACACGCCUGAGAUAAUGACUAAACAAAACAGAAGUAUGAGCGAUGCGCGCAAUACUGAAGCGAACAAACCCACGCUCACAAGAUGCAGCGCAAUGUCGGAUCUACACGGCGCAAUUCCGAUGAAAAGGUUUCGUGCUAAGCUGAAUUGCGAUGAUGAAACAACGCCGCCUCCGAGUAAAAAUGGAAGAGCAAAACAAACUAGAUUCAAAACACCCGACAACAAGAGUCAGAGUUUCGAGCUGCGCUCAAUUUCUGCUCCAGAAAAUGAAAAAACUAGAAAAACACCGGAAAUGGUUGUAAUUGAAACUCUCCCAGAAGAACAGAACUGAAAGCUGCUUCGAUGAAUUUAUACAACGGCAAUAAGCUUGAAAGAGGGGGUAUUUAUUGGAUUAAAAAAUUUAAGGUGCUCUUUUUGGAUAAAACAAAUUGCUCGGAAUUGAGCUGUGCCUUGUCUGUUCCUUAAAUUCGCUUGGUUCAUUUGUUAAUUGUUUUUAUUCUGAUGGGAUUUCAGAAAA